UGCUGAUAAUAUUAAAAAAAAAUAGCUAAAUUCCCGAGAUGAAUGAAUGUAAUCAACAUUUAAAAAAUAUCAGGAAAAAUCCCUAAAGCGAUAACCAAUGAAGUGGAACCUUUCAGUUCAAAUUCAAGAAAAAUAAGAAAAGAAACCUAUAGAACUAGAACGCUACAUCACGCUAUUUUUUGUUUUGCCCGCCAGUGCUCAGCCAUCGAAUCGAGCGCCAAAUGACGAUGAUGUUUUCAAAUCGCAGGACUACACGUGUACGAGGUGGCCGCCCCCCACGCGUACCGGCGGCAGGUCCUGACGGAACCUCCCGUCAGUUGGCGUUACACCGUUGACUUCGCCGGAGGGUUCUGCCUUCCUUAACCUUUCUUUUUCUUUUUGGGUGGUGGUGUAGUGUGUCAAACUUUGAGUGAUGCUUUUGAUGCUGACCUUUUCGGUGGGUGCGAAGUGAAAAAAAAAACAAAAACACGCUAAAUUAUUUAUGAACGCCGGUUUUUUUUUGUUGGCGGAAAGACGGAGGAAAAAAAUUCGCGCGAAACCAAAAAGGAAUCGCUUGAAGUCGUUAGACGCGCGCGAUAACGAAGAAGCGGAAGUGACUUGUGAAGGAAAUUUUUCGGAAGCGAACGUGACGGAACGAAUUAUGCGCUGUUAUUCACAUACCAUAACUCGUUAAUACCUCAUAGAAAAGCCAUCUCGCCGAUAACCCGUAAUCCUUGGGCGCGAGUGCGCGUGUGACGUGGUUGGGGUGGCAUUUUAAGACACACAUGAAAAGGACAUCGACAUCGAAACUGGAGAUUUCGGCAGCGCAUUCUUUGUAAGUGGUUUGACAUUUGUGGGCAUCGUAAAGACCUUUAAUGCUCAAUGUGUUGUGAGCACAAGUUUCUUCUUCUGGAAGAGUGGAUUCGUCUGGCACUUUCACCAAACAGUUGUUGACGAAAGUUCGUAUUGCUAGUUCUUGUGCCCGAGUGGAAUAUUUUGCCGACGACAUUCAAAACCUAAUCGAACGGAAAUCAGUACAUUAAAGUGCCAUUAAGUGAGAUUAUUUGAAGGAACCAGUGAGGUGAGGAAGAAAAAACAAGAUAAAAAUGUCGAAACGCCUCGCCGUGAUUGCGGCGGUCAGCACCCACAACAGUCUGAGCAACCACACGGUGUCGUACACGAACAUGUACACCAACCAGACUACCGUCCGAGGCCAUCACUACUCGCACCAGGGGCUGCAGUCGAUGCGGCCGGGAGCCCACGGGAAUGUCAACAUUAUGCUCGGCGGGGCGAUGCUGUCAGUGGUCAUCACGGUGGUGUUCUUCGUGUGCUAUUGCUGCCACCGGAACAUCAAAAAGCAGUCCGGAUCGGCCUACCGGCAGCAGUGGCUCGAGCAGGAAGCCAACAUGGAAAUCUACAGCGUCGAACAGUGCUCAGUCCCGGGACUCUCGGACAACUACCUGGACAUCAGCACCGGCAACGAGUACCAACCGCUGCCGGCCGUGAUGGCCGUGAACCACUGCCACUCGGCGGCCUAUCAUCACCACCAGCAGCAUCCCGCCUCGGGUGGCCCUCCACCCAGUUAUGACACCGUGCUGGCCCAGGACAAAAUGCAUGCCGAGGUGGCCGCCCAGUGGAAGGAACUGGGCCUGAGCUAUCCGACAAAGGGCGGGCUGUUGGGCCAAAAGCCGGAACUGCUGGAACCGACGGAAUUCACCGACAUUCGCGAGGCCAUCGACUGUCACAACUGUUGCCAGGUCGGCGGCGCCGGCGGAACCAGUCUGCAGGUGUACUGCCGUAACUGUGGCCAGUUUGUGGACGCGGCCAUGGUGACGAGCCACGAUGCCAACAACAACGAGAAUCGCUGCUCGCCGUCGGAGGUUGUUCGCAACCUUGCGGAUUGCACUGACCCGAGUCAUGAUGACAACGGCAAUCUGGUUAACCCUGAAACCAUUGUGGAACCGACUGAAGACGCCAACAACAACCACGAGAACUUGAACGACGGAGCCGGACAUGAUGAUGAAAACAACAACAACAGUGGAAUCCCCUCUGGAGCCAUCGAAAAUCUUUCAAAUCCUACAAAUCGCAGUGAGGAAGCAGUGACUCCCGGUGGGAGUUUGGAGUCGGGAAGUUCUGGGGAUAGUACGAUCCGCAAUCUCAACGAAAACGGAAUCGUACGGUUGGACAUGAGUCGAAUCAUCGACCAGACAGGGUUGCCCACUUAUGAGGCUGCCCUCAAGCUGGAGUCCAGUGGAUACGUUUGAGAUUAGGUCAAAGUAGAGGGAGAAUCGCGGAAAAUAUAAUUGUGAUGAUGGCCUUUUAGUAGAAACUCGUAAAUAAACGUAAGCUACAGUUAUUGGAAAUACGUAUCGAUAGGAGGAUUGUAAUUUCGUUGUGUAGAUAGUAGACUAGAGGAAUAUCGCCGGAAGAACAUUGGCCUUUUUACGUUGUGCGUAGAAUAGUUAAUUCAAGCAAAAGUUUGAGUACAGGAAUCAAUCUCGAUUACAGAUUAAUUAAUAUCUAUAAGAAUAUACUUUUAAACAACACCAUCCACUGUUACAAUUUAGAAAAGGAAAUCAUAUUAAGAUUCUACGCUUUGUAAAUGCCUGCUCUAUGACCUAAAGAAACAAUUUUGCAUUGUUGGUUCGUCCAUACAAGUUUCCAUGCUUAUUUGACAGCUGCUAUCUUUAUAUUUCACU